UAAAUACGGCUUAGGGGAAACAUUUUUGACCCGUUGGCCGCACUGUUUCUCCAUCUUUGGUUUCUUUUUUUCUAUCGAAGAAGUGUGGAAAGGUCUGUAAAAUGACGAACUCCAAAGGUUACCGUCGCGGUACGAGGGAUCUCUUCGCCCGUAAAUUCGGCAAGCAUGGAGUCAUCCCGCUCUCCACAUAUAUGAAGGUCUAUAAAGUUGGAGACAUAGUAGAUAUCAAGGGAAAUGGAGCUGUUCAAAAAGGCAUGCCUUAUAAAGCCUACCACGGAAGGACCGGCCGUGUAUUUAACGUUACAGCACACGCGCUGGGAGUAAUCGUAAACAAAAGGGUUCGGGGGAAGAUCAUCCCUAAGAGAAUUAAUAUCCGCAUUGAACACGUCACCCAUUCGAAGUGCAGGGAGGAUUUCUUGCAGCGAGUGAAGUCCAACGAAAAGCUUCGCAGAGAAGCUAAGGAGAAAAAUGUCAAGGUAGAGUUGAAGAGACAGCCUGCCCAGCCCAGGCCUGCACACAUCGUCAGCGGAAAGGUGCCUGCCGUGAAGCUUGCGCCAAUUCCAUAUGAGUUUAUUGCUUAGGUUUAUAAUUUUAUAAUAAAUUGAGCUUUAUUGUA